GGUCAGCGGUGGCAAUGACCCCUGGUCAGCCUGGAGCGCUUCCAAAUCUGGGAACUGGGAGAGCUCGGAUGGCUGGGGGGCCAGGCCAGAAGGGGCUGGGGCCCAAAGAAACGCUCCCAACAACUGGGACACUGCCUUCGGCCACCCCCAGGCCUACCAAGGACCAGCAACUGGUGAUGAUGAUGACUGGGAUGAAGACUGGGAUGACCCCAAGUCCUCUUCUCCUUACUUUAAGGAUUCAGAAUCAGUGGAAGCAGGGGGCAUUCAGCGAGGAAACAGUCGUGCUGGUGCCUCGUCCAUGAAGCUGCCACUUAAUAAAUUUCCUGGAUUUGCAAAACCUGGAAUGGAACAGUAUUUGUUGGCCAAACCGCUAGCAAAACCCAAAGAGAAAAUUCCCAUCAUUGUUGGAGAUUAUGGCCCGAUGUGGGUUUAUCCUACAUCUACGUUUGACUGUGUGGUAGCAGAUCCCAGGAAAGGCUCCAAAAUGUAUGGUUUGAAGAGCUACAUUGAAUAUCAGUUAACACCUACUAACACUAAUAGAUCUGUAAACCACAGGUAUAAGCACUUUGACUGGUUAUAUGAGCGUCUCCUCGUUAAGUUUGGGUCAGCCAUUCCAAUCCCUUCUCUUCCAGACAAACAAGUCACAGGUCGCUUUGAAGAGGAAUUUAUCAAAAUGCGCAUGGAGCGACUUCAGGCCUGGAUGACCAGAAUGUGUCGUCAUCCAGUCAUCGCAGAAAGUGAGGUGUUCCAGCAGUUCCUAAAUUUCCGAGAUGAGAAGGAAUGGAAAACUGGGAAGAGGAAGGCUGAGAAAGAUGAGCUGGUGGGAGUUAUGAUAUUUUCCACCAUGGAGCCAGAGGCACCUGACCUGGACUUACUAGAAAUAGAACAGAAGUGCGAUGCUGUUGGGAAAUUCACCAAGGCCAUGGAUGAUGGCGUGAAAGAGCUGCUGACUGUGGGGCAGGAGCACUGGAAGCGGUGCACAGGACCAUUACCCAAGGAGUAUCAGAAGAUAGGAAAGGCCUUGCAGAGUUUAGCAACAGUGUUUAGUUCUAGUGGUUAUCAAGGUGAAACAGAUCUCAAUGAUGCAAUAACGGAAGCAGGAAAGACUUAUGAAGAAAUUGCCAGUCUUGUGGCAGAACAGCCAAAGAAAGAUCUCCACUUCCUGAUGGAGUGUAACCACGAGUAUAAAGGCUUUCUUGGCUGCUUCCCUGAUAUCAUUGGUACUCACAAGGGAGCAAUAGAAAAAGUGAAGGAAAGUGAUAAACUAGUUGCAACUAGUAAAAUCACACCACAAGACAAACAGAACAUGGUGAAACGUGUCGGCACCAUGUCUUAUGCACUGCAAGCUGAGAUGAAUCACUUUCACAGUAACCGGAUCUACGAUUACAACAGCGUCAUCCGCCUGUACCUGGAGCAGCAGGUGCAGUUCUACGAGACGAUUGCAGAAAAACUGAGGCAGGCCCUCAGCCGCUUUCCGGUUAUGUAGAAUGGAAGGGAACAUGAAGAAAACUCUGAAGUGCUUCUUUCUGACUUGGGGCAAUGCAAUUCAAAAUUUAUUUUUAUUCCUAUCAUCAAAAAAAAAAAAAAGAUGCAAAAAACUACGUUUACUUUAUUAACCAACCUAAAUGCAUCAGUUAUUUAGGGAUGGUCUUUUGUUCAUUUCCACACCCAUUAUUUAAGCUAAUGAAAAUUGUCUCUAUUUUUGGAAAGUACUUAAAGUUAUUGCAAUUUUGGAUGGAAAAUUAGGGGUUUCUUCCCACUGAUAUUUUACAUAGAAUCGUAAUUUAUAGUCACCCAUGAUCUUCCAAUUCUUACUCAAUGCCAGGUAAUUAUUACUAAUUGCUUUCUUAAAAAUAUGAAAUAUGCUGGAAUAAAAAAUGUUUAUAUAUUUUUAUAACUCUCUUCAGUCCUUUGGGAUUCCUGUCUAUUUAGGAAAGUCUGCAUCACUUUCACUGACACCGUUAUGACUCAAGUGCACACACUUCAGGAGGGAGGAUGCAAAGAGGGGUUCCUGCAGCUACCAGAACCCUUGGACACACAGUGCAGGGGCUGUCACGUGUCCCCUCAGAGGGCACAGCCUGCCAGACAAGCAGACUCACCUGCCCACCCACUGCCCUCAGGAUCAUUUUUGAGGUGUUGCUCUUCCGUGAAGACCAGCGCACGCUCUCUCUUCCUUCAUAAUCAUGGUUAAGGCAUGUUUUAUGCUAGAAAGAAUCAGUCAGGAAAGUUGGGAGUCUUUUUUAAAAAGUCUGUGGCUUUGCUCCCACGGAUGGGCAGCCCUGCUGAUACCUGGGCUCAGGAGGCUUUCAGGGGAAGGAGCGAGCAUAGCUCCUCCAGACCUUUCACCCUCCGCCUUCUGUUCUGCAGACGCAGUGAGAAAGGCUGCUGAGAGCCUGACCGCACUUGAUUUGGCUUAUAGACCAGCAGGCCAGGUGGUGGGGUCAGAAAAGGCAAAAAGCACAGUAUAAGCGCCUCUCCUCCCCCGCCACGUGGAAAAGUGCAGGGGCUGAGAAGGGCGGCCACCUGAACCAUGUGCAGUCACCCCCAGGGCUUUUAUGCUGAAACGAACAGAAGUCCAGGGUGAGGCUCCUCCUGACUGUGUGCUGAGCUUCAGACAGAACUUUUCUCAUCACUGUACUUCAGUUAGUGGCGACAAGCACAACAGGAUCUCGACAGCCUGUGGACUCUGAGUCUGAACACUCGCAGACGAAUAUGUCAUCUUCCACAGUGGCCUUACUACCGUGUCUCCUACUGCUUUCCUUUUUAUGACCUAUUCGUUAUAGUAUAGAAAAGGAAAAGUCUGGGCCAGCAUAAGCAAAAUGAAGCCAAAAAAAAAUAGAUGAGGAAAUAAAAUGAGCACGAAUAUGAGAACUUGUUCUGCAGAAUCACGGGGUUUUAUUAAUGUUUUAUAAGUAAUUUUCCCCACUUGAUUUUUCUUUUAUAAAAUCCCAUAGAACAGUGUUUAUGAUAUAGCCAUUUAAUAUAUGUACAGAUUGUAAAGAAUAUGUAUAAAUGUUUUACACAAAUGUAAGAGCAUGUAGAAGACAACAUAUAAAUAAAUUGUUAAAAAACUGUACAGUAAAUUCUCAAAGCACCUUUUCAAAACA